UUACGAAAUUAAGUCAAAAUAUCCGAAUUAGCAGUCUAAUUAUCACAAGAAAAAUCUAAGAUUUUUCGAUUAGCAAUUUUGGUUUUUUUUUGUUUGAAAGCCGUGGAUAGAAGAGAAAGAAAGAAAGAAAUAUAGUGAAAACCUGAAUGAGAAAUUAAGAACUGUCUCGUACAAAGAAAAUGGCUCUUCUCUUCACCGCAAAGCCUUCUUCUCUGUUCCUCUCUUACUCCCCAAAAAUUUCCCUUUCUCAAUCCCCCAAAUCCAACUCUCUGUUCUUUCCACUUCCAACUAAACCCCACAAAGCCCUCAAAUUCUCUUCUCUUACUUCUCGUUCCAGCUCCCAACCCGACCCUAUUCCUGAACCCGAUUCCGACCCAAAACUACCCACCCCGCUCUCUAGCGUAACCGAUGAAUGGGGCGAGAAAUCGGAGCUUGGGUCGGAACCCGCAACCACCAAGCUCCCGGAUUCGGACCCUCCGAUGAACGAGGACGAGUGGGAGCAAGAGGAUCUGGAAAAGGGUAAUGGUACUGCCGCUGCUGCCCAAGGGGCUGAGGCGGCAGCGGCGGAGAAGGAGAAGGAGGAGGAGGAGGAAAAGGAAGAGAAGGAGGAUUUUGAUAAUAGGGUUGCAGAUUUGAAGCGGUGCUUGGUGGAUACGGUUUAUGGGACGGAGUUGGGGUUUCGGGCUGGACCGGAGGUAAGGGCUGAGGUUUUGGAGUUAGUCAAUCAGUUGGAGGCUGUUAAUCCCACCGGGGCUCCGGUUGAGGCUGCUCAGCUUCUUGAUGGCAACUGGAUUUUGCUGUACACUGCAUUUUCUGAGCUGUUGCCGCUUCUGGCAGCCGGUGCAACUCCAUUGUUAAAAGUUAAAAGUAUAAGCCAAACAAUUGAUACAGGAAGCCUCUCUAUUGUGAACUCCACCACAUUGUCUGGCCCUCUUGCUGAUUUCUCUUUCAGUGCGUCUGCUACAUUUGAAGUUAGAACUCCUUCAAGAAUACAGGUUGAAUUUAAGGAAGGUACACUGCAACCUCCAGAGAUCAAACCGAGCAUUGAUCUUCCUGCUGAUAUGGAUGUUUUUGGUCAAAAAAUCAGUUUGUUGCCUUUGCAGCAAUCUCUUAACCCGCUGCAGGAUUUGAUGGCAAAUAUUUCAAGAACCAUUUCUGGCCAACCACCUCUUAAGAUUCCCAUUCCUGGUGACCGGUCAAGGUCCUGGCUUCUCAUUACAUAUCUUGAUGAGGAUCUUCGGAUAUCAAGAGGAGAUGGUGGUCUUUUUGUGCUUGCCAAACAAGGGAGUCCUCUUCUAGAGCAGUAGCCGGUGCAUUUAUGCAUGGGGCAUUUAUGAAGAUGAUAUAUAUAUAUAUAUAUAUAUAUAUAUAUAUCAGGUGCCUUAUGCAUAUGGUAUCUGUGAGAGGGAUAUAUAUAUAUAUAUAUAUGGUAUCUGUGAGAGGGAUAUAUAUAUAUACAUUGUCUUCCUCCUUUAGACUCAAGAGUCGAUAUUUACAUUUAGAAAAAGGAAAUUUUUGCUGUCACCAAUAUGUACAUUUACAGUUUAGGUCAUAAAAAAUAAUUGUUGGGGACAGAUAUUUCAAAACAUAUGCAUCAAUUGAAGGGGAACUUGAAAUCAUUUCAAUCUGAUAGCCCAACCUGAUUGUAGCAGGUAGUAUAAAUACUUUGUUGAUGAUGUCUGUUGCUAUCGACUGGAAUGGAAUGCCUUUUCCAUUAGUUGGAUUCAUAUCUUAUUACGUGUUUUGCAGAAUCAUUACAAUAGUCUGAGUGAAUCAUAGCAAGCAACAAACACAUUGCUAAUCUAGCUUGAUUUGCAGGUGAUAGUCUAGCUAAUGACUUCUCUACUCUCUUCUGGGGCUGGCUUGCCUUGUGCCUCAAACCUCAGCUUACAAAACAUUUGAAUAAAACAUGUUAUUAAGUCGAGUUUCCCAAAGCC